AUCGACGACGACAACUGCGGUGACGACGACGACGGCGAUGACAUGAUGGGGGGCGGCGUACCAGCACUCCUAUAUAACCAAGAAACAAGGAUUUCACUCAAGUCAGGGAACAAGACAACAAUAGCAGCAAUUGAAAACUCGAACUUCUCGCCCAGCAAGUGGCGUUACGGUAAACCAGGACAAGAGACGAGUUUGUACCGGGUGGCUUGUUUUGUCCCCCUUCCCCAAUUCCGACUUAAAGCGCAAAAAAUUCGCCGCGUCCGCGUGACCAACCGAGGGCAUAUGGAAGCAGAAAAGGAUCCGCGAUUUGUUGGAUUCUCCUCAAUUUGA